AUGGGAUAUCUUAAUUACACUAUUGAUACAAAGCACAAUCCUAUUCGAGUAUCCUCAAACAAAGAAUUGGCAGAAAGAAUGGAUAGGAUUCCAUUGGAGAAUUAUAGAAAUUUUAUCAUAGUUGCCCAUAUCGAUCACGGUAAGUCUACCUUAAGUGACCGAUUACUCGAAAUUACAGGUGUUGUUAAUCCCCAUGCCAAGAACAGUCAAGUUCUUGACAAGUUGGAUGUUGAAAAAGCGCGUGGAAUUACAGUUAAAGCACAAACAGUUUCAAUGAUAUAUCACUACCGCGGAGAAGAUUAUCUACUUCAUUUGGUUGAUUCUCCUGGUCAUGUAGAUUUCAGAUUGGAGGUCAGCAGAUCGUAUGCCUCAUGUCAGGGUGCAAUUCUAUUGGUGGAUGCUGCCGAAGGAGCAAAAGCCCAAACUGUGGCGAACUUCUAUCUUGCUUAUUCAAUGGAUUUGAAGCUUAUACCAGUUAUUAAUAAAAUUGAUCUUGAUACAGCAGAUAUACCCAGAGUUGAAGAGCAGAUUGAAAAUAUGUUUGAGCUUCCUAAAGAUGACAUUGUUCAUCUAAGCGCUAAAACUGGAAAGAACGUUAGGUACCUUCUCCCCAAGAUAAUAGAAAGCAUUCCCCCUCCUCUAAAUUGUCAGCGUGAUGCUCCCUUUAGAGCACAAAUAGUGGAUUCGUGGUAUGAUUCUUAUCUUGGUGUUAUAUUGCUGAUUAAUAUUGUUGAUGGGACAGUUCAGAAAGGUUCCAAAAUAAGUUCCUACAGAACAAAGAAUAAAUUUGAGGUUAAAGAAGUUGGCAUAAUGUAUCCGGAUAGAACACCGUUUCCGAAAUUAGUGGCAGGGCAAGUGGCCUAUAUUAUUCCGGGAUUGAGGAAUCCCAACGAUGUCUACGUUGGAGACACGUUGUAUGAUUCGAACUUUUCUGUUGAACCCCUAGAAGGAUUUGAAGAACCCAAACCUAUGGUUUUCGUUGGAGCAUUUCCAACACAAGGUACCAACUUCAAAAAAAUGGAGGAGAGCUUAAACAAUCUUUUCUUAAAUGAUCGUUCCGUCACUUUUCAAAGAGCUACUUCUGUAGCUUUAGGUCAAGGGUGGAGGCUUGGCUUUUUAGGAUCUCUUCAUGCCUCUAUUUUCAAGGAAAGACUACAGAAAGAGUAUGGCGAAGACCUUAUCAUUACGGCACCUACUGUCCCAUAUAAGAUACACUAUAAAGAUGGUAUAGAGCAGAUUGUUUCCAAUCCGGAUGAUUUUCCUGAUAGCUUGGAGAAAACUAAAAUAUCAUAUUUUAGUGAACCUUAUGUGGAUGCAUAUAUGUCAUUUCCAAAGGAGUAUGUUGGUAAAGUUAUGCAACUUUGUAAUGCAAAUAGAGGGGAGCAGGAAGAUAUUCAGUUUUCUCCUACCGGUAUGGUGUUCUUGACCUAUUCAAUUCCUACGGCCCAAUUAAUAGAUGACUUUUUUGGGAAAUUGAAAGGUGUCACUAAAGGUUAUGCUUCAUUAGACUAUGAAGAUGCUGGCUACAAACCUUCUGAUAUUUAUAAGCUAGAGAUCUUGGUCAAUGGAGAGGGAAUCGAUGCAUUAUCAACAGUUCUUCAUAAAUCGGAGAUAAAUAGAAAUGCAAAAGAGUUCGUUCAGAGAUUCAAGAAAUUCAUGAGGAUUCAGCAAUUUGAAGUUGUCAUACAGGCAAAAGCUAAUGGAAGAAUCAUUGCUAGAGAAACGAUUCAUGCGAGAAGAAAGGACGUUUUGGCGAAAUUACAUGCUGCAGAUAUUAGCAGAAAGAAGAAGCUCUUAGCAAGACAAAAAGAAGGCAAGAAGCUUUUAAAAUCAAGGGGUCAGGUGCGGAUACCACCACAAGCUUAUCAGGCCUUUUUAAGAAGGCAGUAA